AUGAAAACAGGAUUCAAUAAUUCAUCAAGGACACUCGAUGCUUUUUCAAACACUUAAAGGAUGACUCCCACGUUGAGAAACAGCCAGAAAACUUAUUUAAAAAAAAAAAAACCAAUCGAGCCAGAUUAAUAUGUACAUCUCUUUUUGCACCUUAUCUGUUAACUAAUAUUGGUCUUCGACGGACAAUUAUCAUCAUGCUAGCUACCUUAAAAGAUAUCUGUAGCUUCUGGCCAAUCGUUAAUUAUUUUUUAAAUCGCUCAUAUAUAUAAUGAUCGGAAUUACUACAUUCUGGACUCUCCGUCUGUAUAGCAGCAAAGGGUCAUUCCAUUUCAUCGACGAAAGACGAUCCACGCGAUGACAAAAUCAUUCCAGGAGAACAAUUUUAAGAUAGUCUUCUUAAUGUGCUCGCUGUUCUCUGUCAUUUACACAGAAGAAUCAACACAUGUAACGUCUCUAAUAACAACCACUGGAGCACAAAACCAAACCCUGACCGACUCCCGUCCGUGGCCACAAGAAUCAGUCACGGACUUGUCGGAGCCGAGUACCACAAACACUGAGAAAACUAUAACCACCAAGCCUUUUAACAGCACCGACCUUUGCAAUAGUUCCACUAAAUCGCGGGUUUUUCCUGAACCAGAGUCGACUUUCUCCGAAUCAUCGACUUCUUCAUCGUUCUUUUUACAAUACACAACUGGGGAAACGAUUUCAUCCUUCAAUUCGACACCUCUACAGGGGAAUAGUUCCUCAUCCGAGUCCUCUUCUUUCCCGCGAAUAAUAUCUGUGUUUGCUGUCAUUGUUGGCUUUGCUGUCAUAAUGAUAAACAUGUUGGUGAUAGCGGCGUCCGUGAGGAACCGAAAGUUACGAGAGAAUACUAAUUACAACCUUGUCUUGGGACUAUCUUCCAGCGACUUCCUGAUGGGUUUGAGUAUGUUGAUGAUUGGGUUUCGGCUUUUGUUCCCCACACUAACUACGAUGUUAGGCUGGUGUAUUAUAGUGAAUGUCGUAUUUAUUUCAAGUUUGAUAAUGUCACUCUAUCAAACAUUUUGUAUUAGUCUCCACCGAUAUCUCGUUCUCUCCGAGAGUUCCUGGGCGGGUCGCUUGUUUGACGACAAUCGGAAGUAUUACCUCUACAUAGGUGGAUGGAUGACGUUCUUCAUUCUGUACUCCUCCACCGUUUCCCCAGAAGGCGACUACACACACUGUUUCUACAAGACAGUAUACGGCCAACACAUCCUCGUUGUUCGUUUCACUAUAUGUGUUUUCGGAAUCAUCUUCCUUUUGCUAACCUUGAUUUUCUAUUUUCUGGCAAUCCACCGAGUGAUAAAACGUUACACGAAUAUGACAUUACCUUCCGAUUCAAGAAAGUUGGAGGACAAGAGGAAUAAGAGGAUAAUGAAGUCCAUGAAACUAGUGAGCAUGAUCCUAGCGGCUCUGUUUUUAUUUUCAAGUCCUAUGAUUGUCUCCCUUAUGUUUUCCAAUAGUCCACAGUCCGUCAUUGUUGGCUCUUUUGCUGCAGCCAAUUUGAACUCUCUUCUAAAUCCUAUUAUAUAUUGUUCUCGUAUCAAAAAACUGCGAAACGAGAUUAAAUCAAUGUUUUGUUUUAGUUAGUGCAAAAUGAUCUAAAUAGUUUCAAAAUUUCAAACAUAUGUACUAGUAACUCAAACUAAAGUUUUGCAAUGAUGAUGGAAUCGUAAAAUUUACUAUUUAGUAGUCUUUUAUCCCUAUUCCAUUCUUUUUUUUUUAAAUGUAUAUUCAAAUAGAUGAAGACCAAAUGCAUUUUAUGCUUUAUAAUAUUGACAAUAUUUUUAAAAACUUAUGUUCUGUCGUCAUGAAAUUUUUUUUAAAAGCAUACAUUUUAUCCAAAUCAUAAUUUCUAAAAAAUUGUAUUAUUUAUCUUUCAAAGGCAUACCAACAAGCAUAUUAUACAAUUAAGACACGUUUUUGAAUUCACGAGAAAAUAUGUUUUUAGAAAUUGAAAUUAUUGUAAACAAAAUUCAUUUGCAUUGUACUUUAUUGGGAACAGUUUGGCCAAUGGAAAGCUUCCAAACACGAUUUGAAUAGCUACCAAAACGAACUUUUAAAAAAGCAUAUCGAUAGUUGCAAGAAAUUUCCCUCUCUGAAUCAUUCAAUAUGAUUAACAGACGCUUACUUGAAUAAAAUCAAAAUAAUCAAAUUUUACAGCGACAUUAUGUAGUCAGGAUUCUGACAAGAUUAUCUAUCCGAUAGUUAUAUUGCCAAUUCAUAUUUCCCAUUUUUAAAAAUAUUACGUUUCAAGGAGAUAGUUAACGCAGCUCAAAAUCAGACCCAGAUUCACCCCUAUAGUUUAAAAAAGCGUA